CAUUAUCGUGUUUUUACACGCGAUUUUGCGCAACCGAAUCAAGCACUUCAUCAGUGCGUUACAAGUUUUGCUGGCAUUAGUAAAUUUUUUGUCUGAAGUAUUAAUCUUCACCGAAGUUGACUAUCAGAGAAAAGAAGACAAUCUGUAUCAUGGAGCGGGAUUAUUUUUGACAUGCAUCGACAUUCCUCAUGACGCUUACAUACUGGACAAUCCUGUGCAUGGCAAUUAGACGUCAUGACAACAUUGCUUCAAAGGGACUAAGACUACGAGCAAAUGAACAUGUGAAAAUACGAACAUCGAAUAUACGAAGUUUGGAUCGCUCUGAAAAAAAUCGUAAUGACCCGAAUAAUGAAUCUAAGAACAAUAGCAUCAAAUCCAGGCUCGAUGAUGGACCCCCGAACCACAACGUAGAAUCUACCGAAUCUGCAGGAAACAAUUCGCCCGCACAGCAACAAGACGAGGAAAAUAUUCAUCCACCCACUAAAAGCGAAACAUAUUCGUCACCAUUCGUUUCUGCAUCAGAAUACGAUUUGCUUCCUGGCAAUACAGGAUCAACGUCAGCGCCUUUUGACAAGGUGGUCGAUGAAGUUCAUUUUAACAUUGUAGAUGUACCGACAAUGAUUGACCCAACUUUGUCUUAUAAAAACUCUACCGAGCAUUCUCAACGACUCUCUACAGUUGGAGGUAUCUUUAGUCCUACAGAAGAAGAAAAAGCUCCUGAUGAGAUUGAUAUGUAUACCAUCAACCAGGAUGAUUUGAAAGGUGCUCAAGUAAGCCAUAAAAUUAAUGGUAAAUCUGCGAGUAUUGUCGGCGAAAGCGGUGAUAACGAAGUCUAUGCUGCUGGUGAUUCAAAUACCACUAGCCAAAAGGGAAACGGGACACCUCAACAUCUCUAUAAACCAUCGGGGAGGGAUAAAGGAGACUGUGUGCCUCACCCAUCACCCAUCAAACUGACCAGAUCAUCCGAUCAUAAACAACCAGGAAAAAACCUUCUUGAGAAACAAAUACAAAGUACAAAUAAUGUACAUGCGAAUGAUCCUGUUUCAGAAGUUGAAAUUUCAACUAUUCCAGAAUAUCUGGCAAAAUCAAACGCAAUUAAAGAUGAAGGUAAUGCUGAUUCUGCUCUGACCAACCACGGAAAUUCAUCAAUCAAUGCUUUAGACGAAUGUAACGAUCCUACGCCAGAUGAUAAAAUAUAUGAUACUGCUUCUUGCUCAGUCAGUCACACUGAUUUAAAAAAUGAUUCCAACAAUCACAAGAAAAAUCAUGUCGUGUCUGCAAAAUAUGGAAAAAAUAUCAUAAAGAAUAAUAUAAAGAAGUCCAGAAAAGAGGCACGUGAUCAAUUUUGUACUCAAAUAUGCGCCAAAACUGUGGAAACAAACAAAGACUUUGAUGCAUCUGUUAUUGUUGAGAAUUUGAUAAAACUAGAAGAAGAAAGAAAUAGAAUUUCCGAAGAAAUUGUUUCAUUCAAAAAAUAUCGUGGCAAAUCAAAAAAUUCAUUUCGAUGGAUUCGGAAAGCCAUUCGAGCUAAAUUUAGACCUGGUUUGAAAAAGGAGGACAACUUUAAACUGGAGUCAUUGUUGGCCAAAAUUCAAACGAAAAUACAAAUAGAACGUGAACGAAAUAAUGAAUUUCGAAGAUUUCUACUUCUGUUGGAGGACAAAGAAGAAGGAGAUAUUCGGAAUGUUCGUAACUCUAUAAGAGGGCUAAAAAGCCGUAUAGCUAAGAAUUUGCACAAAGUGACACAGAUUCGAAAACGUUUGGGGAACAAUCAGAGCAAUUCAGAUGUAAAUAUCGAGCCAUUUCAAUGUGCUUCUGGAUUCCUUGGUACAGAUAUUCGCAAAGAAUAUUUACUCCAAAUUGAAAAUCCAGUCUCGACUUCAACAGAUGGAUUUCUUCCAAACUAUUCUAAAAGUCUUACUCACAAAAUGGACAAUUCAUCUUGUAAUCAUUCAGCAGCUGGUGUUCAACUUACAUAUUUUGCAUAGCAUGCAAUUUUCUACAUAUAUAUAUAUGU